ACAAAAUCACGAGCAUCUUCACCGGCGCCUCCUCCGACGCCUUCUCCCAAAUCUCCAUUAUCCCCUUCAGUCUCACCAUCGAUGUUACCCACAUUAUUUCCUUCUGCAAAUAGUAGACCUUUAUCACCUAUAACUUCACGAAAUUUCUCGCGCUCACAAUCGCCUCAAUCUCCCCCAAUAACACCGAAAUCCUCACAACGCCCGAAUCGUCCUAGAAGAGCAACAGACUCUCUUGUUCCUAUGAGCCCAACAUCGGCAACAUCAGAAGCUGAAAAGCAAAAAAAGAUGCAGGAAUUCGAGGCCUUGAUAGCAGAACCAGAAGUAAAAUUGAAAAAAAAGCGGUCACAACAAACAAGUAUCCCAGUUCCAAAAACUACUCAUAAUAUCAACAAGUCAACAAUAACGACUGCAGCGACUUCCACUUCACAUAAUAAUAAGAACCCUCCUAUUGCUAAUUCUACUCUUGGUUCCUCUGCUUCGAGUUCUAGAACAGGAACUCGGAACAGACCAAUCGAAACGAGGCGAACGCGCAAAGACAUUCAAAUUCCUCAAGCUCUUAUACCCGGGAGAAAUAUUGAAGCGAACACACGCAAUUUAUGGGAAAGGAUUUCUGAAGACAGAGGAUCUAUUGCGAUAUCAAUUGCAGAUUCUGUUGCGCCUUCAAUUGUGGAGUCGAUCGCGGAAUCGUUUACCAUUCAUUAUCGACCUGAAGAACAUGAGGAGCUUGGAAAGGGAACACGUGGCGAGGAUGGUGUUAUACGUGUGACUUUGACACCAGCAGUCUGCUGGGGUAUAUUUCGGUCGGUCAAAGGCGUCGGAGGAGGCGCCGGUGAAGAUGCUCGUGAUUUUGUCUCACGAUUUGAUU